GACUAAUAAUGAACCUUGAUUUUCUUCCCCUGUGGUUUAGUACUUUAGUAGUGUCACAGCCAAGUCUAAGCUAAUAAGAUGAAGAUUUGGGAAUGAGAUUACUAUUACUAGUGAAGCUAGCGAACUGGUUUCCUCAUACUAAGCAGAAGAAUGGAGUCCAUCACUGUCCCCCCCACCAUGGCCAACAAUAACAAAGACAGUAAGCUUCAUAUAGCCAUGUUCCCAUGGCUAGCCUUUGGCCACAUGAUCCCAUAUCUCGAACUCGCCAAGCUGAUCGCCGGAAAAGGCCACAAAAUCUCAUUCAUCUCCACCCCACGAAACAUUUAUCGCCUCCCCCCUCUCCCGCCAAACCUCUCCACCCUAAUCACCUUCGUGAAGCUUCCACUGCCUGAGAAUCCGAACCUUCCAGAAGGUGCCGAGGCCACCGCGGACUUACCCGAAGACCAAGUCCCGUAUCUCAAGAUAGCCUACGACUUUCUUCAAGAACCGAUCACCCAAUUCCUCAAGACUUCAAAACCGGAUUGGCUACUCUUCGACUUCGCCCCUUACUGGGUACCGGAGUUAGCCCAAACUCUCGGGAUACCGACCGCCUUCUUCAGCAUUAUGAUCGCCGCCGUUUUGUCCUUCGUCGGGCCCACCUCGCCGGGAAUACCUCCUGAUGACCGUAAGUUACCGGAGGAUUACGUAGUCCCGCCCAAGUGGGUGCCAUUUUCGGCCACCGUGUGCUGGAGGUUGUUUGAGGUGCUUCGGCUCUUUAGAGAAAUAACCGGAGACGAAACAAACGUCCCGGUCGUGUAUCGGUACAUGAAAACACUGCGAGGCUGUGACGUGAUUGCGGUGAGAAGUUGUGCCGAGUUUGAACCGGAAUGGUUGGGUCUUCUGGAAGUUACUCACGGAAAACCUGUUCUACCGGUCGGUGUACUCUCCAUUACGCCAAACACCGACGACGACAAUGAAACGUGGCGGUCGAUAAAGGACUGGUUGGACCGGCAGAGCAAAAACACUGUGGUGUACGUGGCUUUCGGAACUGAAGCAAUGCCAAGUCAAGAGGAAGCGACGGAAAUAGCCCUAGGUUUGGAGAAGUCCGGUUUGCCCUUCUUUUGGGUGCUGAGGACCAAACACGGCGAGGAAGCGGUAAAGUUGCCGGAGGGUUUCGAAGAGAGAAAUGAAGGGCGGGGAGUGGUGUGCAGGAGUUGGGCCCCACAGGUGAAGAUACUGGCUCACGACUCGGUGGGCGUGUUUCUGAGUCACUCGGGUUGGAGUUCGGUGGUGGAGGCAUUGACCUUUGGAAGACCGCUGGUGUUGUUACCCAUGUCGAAUGACCAGGGGCUGAAUGCGAGGUAUUUCGGGGAGAAGAAGGUCGGAUUUGAGUUGCCGAGGGACGAGCAAGACGGGUCGUUUACGAGUGAGGCGGUGGCGGAGUCGCUGAGGAUGGUGAUGGAGAAGGAGGAGGGAAGGGUUUACAGGGAUAAGGCCAAGGAGUUGAAGCCGUUGUUUGGAGACAGGGAGAGGCAAAAUGUGUAUGUGGAUAAGUUUUUGGAGUACCUUACAACCCACAGAGGAUGUAGAACGACAUGAAGGGCACGUUAUUGCAUGAUUCAAACCCAUGCAAUGGUCACGUACUUCUUUGAUCUCUUUUAAUUCUGAGAUUUCUAUGUUUCUUUUUGGAUUUGAACUUGUUUUUCACUAUUGUUGUCUGAGAUUUUGUUGUUGUUGUUAAAUGUUAACUAUUAAGCAGAUGAGUGUGGAAAUGGCAAUAAUUGAGUUCAUGGGAUA